AUGGGUGCCAUCGUUGGCGGCCAAACGUCUUGCAAGUCUCCGGAAAUAAAAGCUUUUGAGGAGUACCUGCCGCCCGAUGUCCAUAUCAUAUCUUGCCAUUCACUCCACGGUCCUGGGGUUGAUACACAUAAUCAACCACUGGUUCUCAUCCAACAUCGCGCGCCGGAUGAGGCUCUGCGGAAGGUGGAGGCUGUUUUCAGCUGCUUGCGGUCCAAGUAUGUUUACUUGACAGCGCAACAACACGACCGUAUCACUGCGGAUACACAAGCUGUUACUCAUGCCGCGUUUUUGUCCAUGGGCAAAGCCUGGCACGCAAACAGUCAGUUUCCAUGGGAAUUGAAUCGCUAUGUAGGUGGCAUUGAGAACGUCAAGAUCAACACCAUGCUUCGCAUUUACGGGCAGAAGUGGCACGUGUACGCUGGCCUUGCCAUCCUGAAUCCUGAAGCCAGAAAACAAGUGGCUCAGUAUGCUGAGAGCGUAACGGCAUUGUAUAAACUCAUGCUGAAAGGUGAUCUGGAGGGGCUUCGGGUCAGAGUGUACAAUGCAAGGGAUAAGGUAUUUGGCUCGGCUUCGAAUUGGGGUGCCCGUCCAUUGAUCGAGCCCUCGAUAUUGUCCUCAUUCUCUCUUGGAAAACCAACAGACGCACCGCCCAGGCCAAACAACCAUCUCAGCCUCUUGGCCAUGGUUGACUGUUGGGCCGCGCUGGGCAUUGUGCCAUACGAUCAUAUGAUUUGCAGUACGCCUCUAUUCCGCCUUCGACUUGGCGUAACAGAGCACUUAUUUCUCAAUACGGCGCUGCUGGAUGAGACAUUAAAAACAGCUGUCGAAGACAAGAUGUAUCGAAGCGAUGACCUUGAGUUUACAUUUGCAGCACGUGGUUGGGCCGAGUGUGUUUCACUUGGCCACUUUGAGACGUGGGAAAAACGGUUCGUCAGCACACAAGAGUUCUUCCAGCCUCGUUUUGCGGAGGCCAAGGUUGUAGGCGACCAGAUGAUGAAGAAGGUUCUCGAGAGUUACGUGGAAAACGGUAAAUGA